AUGUUCAAAAAGGACAUCGCCCCCUCGCCCAAGCAGAAGCUCAAGUCGUCGGUGCAGCGGUCCCUCCGCCAGUCGCUGCUCACGACGUACCCCCUGCUGACGCCGCACAUUGACGAGAUCCUGCCCAAGAAGGCGUCGCUGGCGAGCAUGAAGCUGCCCGACCGCAACACGCUGUACGUGCUGGACGCGGAGCCGCUCUUCUACCAGCAGGACGGCGCGGCCGCCAUCAUGCCGCACCUCAGGCUCGUGCACCGCUUCCCGCAGAGCUUCCCGACGAUCCGCAUCGACCGCGGCGCCAUCCGCUUCGUGCUCAUGGGCGCGACGCUCAUGGCCCCCGGCCUGACGUCCAAGGGGGGCAGGCUGCCGGUCGAGGGGGCCGCCGCGCGCCUCGAGGACGGCAGGGAGAUGGACCAGGGCGUCGACGCCGACGGCCGCUGGAGCAGGGAGCUGCACAAGGGCGAGCCCGUCGUCAUCAUGGCCGAGGGCAAGCAGGAGGCGUGUGCCGUGGGCAUGCUGGUCUGCGGGACCGACGAGGUCAAGGCCAAGGGUAAGGGGCCGGUCGUUGAAGACGCGCAUUUCUUGGGUGAUGGGUUGUGGAAGCUGGCUUUCGAUUGA